CUCUCAGUUUUCCUUGGCAGACCCACGCUCUCCGCUGACAGUGAGCGAAGCUAACUGUCAAGUACUCGCGUGUGGUGCCAUUCAAAUUAAGUGGCUAUCCUGUGAUCUAAUUUAUCGGGAGCGGUCACCACACGAGCAGUUAGCUUUCAUAAGGCGCUCGGGAUUCGCUUUUACUCGUUGUUGACAGGCGACAAAGGGACGCAACAAAGAUGUCUAAAGACACGGAAGGAAAGAGUGAGAAAAUUAUGGAUAUGGAGAGCAAGGUUCUGUGGUACCCGGACUCCAAGAGGAACACACAGAUGGACAAGUUUAGGAUACAGGUCAACGAGGACUACGGUCUUAAUCUGGCCAACUACAGUGACCUGUACCAGUGGUCAGUGGACUGCUACGCAGAGUUCUGGACAGAGGUGUGGCGCUUCUGUGGAAUCGUGAGCUCCAAGCCGUAUGAAGAGGUGUUGGAUGUAUCCAAACGGAUCUCAGAUGUUCCCGAGUGGUUUAAAGGGGCUCGGCUCAACUACGCGGAGAAUCUGCUCAAACAUGCAGACCAUGACAAAGUGGCUCUUUAUGCUGCAAAAGAGGCAAACGAGGAGAUCGUGAAGGUGACUUUUGGGGAACUGAGGCGUGAUGUGGCGUUGUUCGCUGCAGCCAUGAGGAGGAUGGGAGUCCAGACUGGAGACAGGGUUGUAGGUUACCUACCCAAUGGUAUCCAUGCAGUGGAAGCAAUGUUAGCAGCAGCCAGCAUCGGAGCUAUUUGGAGCUCCACAUCUGUUGACUUUGGAGUCAAUGGUGUCCUUGACAGGUUUUCUCAAAUUCAGCCCAAACUGAUAUUCUCUGUUGCUGCUGUAGUUUAUAACGGGAAAACGCACGACCACAUGGAAAAGCUGACCAGUGUUGUGAAAGGUUUGCCAGAUUUGCAGAAAGUUGUUGUGAUUCCUUACGCUCGCGCCAGACAUGAAACUGACCUUUCCAAAAUCCCAAACAGUGUAUUCAUAGAUGAUUUCUUGGCAUCUGGGCGUGGCGAGGGUGACCAGUUCCCUCAGCUGGAGUUUGAGCAACUUCCAUUCAAUCAUCCUCUAUUCAUUAUGUAUUCCUCUGGAACCACAGGAGCUCCUAAAUGUAUGGUCCACUCUGCUGGGGGCACUCUCAUCCAGCACUUGAAAGAACACAUUCUCCAUGGGAAUAUGACCAGCAGUGAUGUCAUCAUUUACUACACUACGACUGGCUGGAUGAUGUGGAACUGGCUGGUAUCUUCACUGGCAGUGGGAGCCUCAGUCGUUUUGUAUGAUGGUUCACCACUAAUGCCGACUCCCAAUGUACUGUGGAACCUGACAGACCAGCUGGGCAUCACUAUCUUUGGUACCGGGGCCAAGUGGCUGGCUGUGCUGCAGGAGAGGAACCUGAAACCCUCGGAAACACACAAUCUCCAGUCUCUCCACACUAUCCUCUCUACUGGAUCUCCUCUCAAACCUCAGAGCUACGAUUACGUCUACCGCUGCAUAAAGAGCACCGUGAUGCUGGGCUCCAUUUCAGGUGACUCAAUAACACCAAUAACAUCUUGUCAUGUUUCAUUGGGCCAGAACCCAACCGUUCCAGUGUAUCGAGGUGAGAUCCAAUCAAGAAAUCUCGGCAUGGGCUGUGGAAGCUGGAACCCUGACGGUAAGCCUGUGUGGGGAGAGAGUGGGGAGCUCGUCUGCUUGAAGCCAAUCCCCUGCCAGCCAACGCACUUCUGGAAUGACGAGAAUGGAAGCAAAUACCAUAAAGCUUACUUUUCUACAUUUCCUGGGGUGUGGGCCCACGGAGACUACUGUAAAAUCAAUCCAAAGACACGGGGCAUUGUCAUGCUGGGCAGAAGUGACGGUACGCUGAACCCCAACGGAGUCCGAUUCGGCAGCUCAGAGAUCUACAACAUUGUGGAGGCGUUUGAAGAAGUGUCAGACAGUCUUUGUGUACCACAGUACAAUGCUGACGGAGAAGAGAGAGUUAUUUUGUUCUUAAAGAUGGCGCCCGGUAAGCCCUUCUGUCCAGAGUUGGUGGCGAAGAUUAAAGGAGCCAUUAGAAAAGCCCUGUCUGCCCGACACAUACCCGCCCUGCUGCUGGAGACCAGAGACAUUCCUUACACCAUCAGCGGGAAGAAGGUGGAGGUAGCUGUAAAACAAGUGAUCGCUGGUCGGGAGGUGACGCAAAGAGGAGCAUUCUCCAAUCCUGACUCACUGGACCUCUACAAAAACAUUCCUGAACUGCAAAAUUAUUAGAGAUGUGGCUUCCCAGAGCUGGAGAGAAGGUCUGCAAAGACAAAUAGCCUAAAAAGAUUUUAGUUUUGAUUUUAGACUAACUUUGUUUAAAAUUUACAGGUACAGGGUGAUGUACAAAGUGGGUAGCUUAAAGAGGCACCCUGCUCUGCAUACAGGGCGAAAGGGAGAUAAUGUGUGUCAGAAUAAUAUAUAACACUACCAUAUAACAUAAUAAUAAUAAUAAUAAUAAAUCGAUUGUUAUUUAGACAAAGAAACUUACUGUUCCAUUGACUAGUUUUCAUUUAAGUCAUCAAGUAGCUGCUCAUGGUCUACCAUGCUGUGCAGGUAAGUGUUAGGAAAGGGAAGACUGAAAGACUUUAGCUGUAAUAUCAAGUGUUUAGCAGUGCUUGUGAAUAAGCUCAUACUUUGAAGCCCUUGAAGAAAUGAAACGUAGCAUGGAGUGCUUUGCUUUGGCUUCACGCUUUGAUUGCUAUCAGUUACUGAAGAACCAUAUCUCCCUUUGUCACCUGCCGCUAACCCUGAUAAAAAUCCAUUGAGGUGUGCAGAUAAACAUGCACAUGCAUCUCAGAUUUACGCCUCAGCUUCCAUAUCGUC